GCGGGCGGGGUGUUCCGGCGGUGCCAAGAUGGCGGCCAGGUUGUUUUCCCCUCGGGAUGGGUGACCCGGUGUGUCUGCAGUGCCUGGACGUGGCUGGGACUUGCUGAGAGUGGAAGAUGUGGAGUGGGCUGUUGCCUCCAGGACUGAACGAAAGCGAUGUCGAUCUGAGUUCUGAUGAUGCAGACGAUUCACCUGCCUUUUCUCCGAAGAGAGAGGCUGAGGAGGACACUGAAGGAGCUCAGCUGUCUGAACUCACCGACAGGAAUGGGCAGGGCAGCAGUGCCAGCAGUGAACCUGUUGUGGCACCGGUGGCAGAUGAGGAAAGCGAGUGUCAGACGUGCCCUCCUGGAGUCUCUGUAAACAUCUGGAAUAAAUUUGUGGAGCUUCAGAAGAAGCACCGUGAAAUGAAAAUGGAAGCACAGCAGGAAAACAGAUGCCGAAAGAGAAAGCGCCACCGAAAAGCAAAGCAGACGAAGGCCGAUGAGGUGACUAAGAGUAGCCAACAGUUGGAAAAUGAAGAGAAAUGGAAAGAACUUACACAGUACUUUGGAAUCAAUGAUAGAUUUGAAUCACCUGUGCAUAGCAGGGCCCCACAAAAGUCUGGCCUUGAACUCAGCAUAGAGAGGUGUGUGGCUGAAGGGGACAUUGCCAAGGCUGAGGAGCUGAGUGACAGGCUGGCCAUGCGUGAGAGAUGGGAGAACUCAUUCUGUCUUCCAAGAAAUACAGAUAAAAAGAUUUUUCUGCAGCACUUGUGUAUAUUUGUACGUCUGGGUGUGAAAAUUGCCAAAGCAGCUGCUUGCCGCAACUUCGUGAAAGCCAAGCAAGAGGCAGAGGCUGCCCAAGAAGCUCAAAAGAAAAAGAAGCUUGCUUGGGGAUUUGAAGCCAAGAAGAGAUGGGAAACAAAAAGCAACAUGGGAUACAUGUAAUCUGCCUUGCUCUCCUCAGAAGUCACAUACCUGUUGUUACUUGAAGAAUCUUUGUAGGCGUCUUGUUAAAUCUAAACAUAAAAACAAACCCCAGCACAUCCAGUGCCUUGUAUUUAUCUUCCUACUGUUAGACUGCGCUGGCUUGUUUUGGUGCUGCCUUAUGAAGUAGUAAAAAAUACUAUUUAAACGUCAAUCCUAUGUUAAAUAUAGCACUUUUCUCAUAAAUAUGAAAAACUUAGCUAAUGCAUUUCAGAAUGCAUUUGGAGUCUAGUAGAGAACUGCCUGAACUUGGAAUAAAACACUUGGUCCAAA